AUGGCAGAUCUCGCAUCCUCAACUAGCUCACUAGAGAGGCUCAACAACAGCAAUUAUGACACGUGGAGCGUUCGAAUGAAAUAUUAUUUGCUCGGGCAAGAUCUCUGGAGCAUUUUUCAUGGUGCAGAGACGACCCCACCAACUGAUGAAGAAAAUCUAAAGAAAUGGAAGGUUCGAUGUGGAAAAGCUUUGUACGUGUUGUCGAUCUCCGUGGAGGAUGAGUUCUUGCAGCGGAUCAAGGACCUAACGACACCGAAGGAGGCAUGGGAUACAUUAGAAACACUCUUCACAAAGAAGAAUGAUGCUAAGUUGCAGCUGCUAGAAAACGAGUUGAUGUCACUGAGACAAGGUGACAUGGCGGUAAGUCAGUAUUUUACUAAGGUUAAAUCAAUUUGCAAUGAGAUUGCAAAAUUAGAUCCUCAGAAUGCAAUUUCUGAGACGAGGAUGAAGAGAAUAAUAAUUUUUGGAUUAAAUCCAAAAUAUAAUGGGAUUAUUACUGCCAUUAGAGGUUGGGCCACAGAACCCACCUUGACAGAGUUAGAAAGUAUUUUGGCAAAUCAAGAAGCUUUAGACAAUCAAAUGUCUAAAGUAUCAAUUAAUGAGGAAGACAAGGCCCUUUUUAGUAAAAAGAGAGGCCGAAAUGAGGUUAAGGCAGCUGCAAAUUCAGAUAGCGAAAGUAAAGGCCCACAAAGAAGACAAGGUUGGCAGAAAGGCCAACAUAAGAAGGGUCCAGAGCAAAGGGGAGCUACGCAAUCCCGAUUCAGAGACUACGAAGAACAAAAGAGAUAUCGGCGCAAGGAUGGACGAUGUUACAACUGUGGUAAAAAGGGCCACUAUGCACGAGAUUGUUGGGCCAGGAAAGAAGAAGGCAACACAGUCACACUUAAGCAGGACGAGAACGAAGAAGAAUGGUAUGUCCAAGCAUCGUACGCGGUAAAGGAAUCUCGGAGGGAUGAAGGUGUAGAGAUUGUGGCAUCAUGCAUGGAUGAGCCAGUAGAAGAAUCAGCAUUGGUCACGGUAAGUGAAGCAAUCAAUUAUGAUGAUGAUUGGAUUGUUGAUUCUGCUGCUCGAAUCAUAUGA